AUGGCAGGUGAUAUGGAGUCGACCGCAGCCUCGACGCUGGACGACGAGCAGACCUCCGAGCAAGCGAGUCCAAGCUCAUCACGCCAAAGCAAGCGCGCUCGUGCAUCGGCGGCGAGCGAUGACGAGGAGCCGGUAGCCAAGCGCCCGAACACGCAGGUCGUCGAAGAAGCCGCCGUUGACACGACCAUGCAAGCCACAAUGCCGGCCACCCCGAUCGCAGCCACGGAAGCACCUCCACCAAGCACGUCGGUGGGCGACGCGGUUGCUUCGAUCCUCAGCGAGACGCAGCGCAUCGCUGAUACGGUCCGCAGCGUCACGGGCGAGGUGCAGGAGCUGCAACGCAUGCUCGCGACAGUACGGCUUGCUAUCGCCGGCAUUCGCUCUGCGGGCAACGACUUGGACGAUCGUCUCUCUGCCGCAGAUGGAGCGCUGGACGAUGUCAUCACGAGCGUGAUCUUGCGCGCUGUGGAGGCCACGCAGUCCCGCGUUUUGACGCUGGAGCAGUCCAUGUUCGACCGCAUUUGCGACGAGAUGGGCUCGGCCAUGGCGCACGCAAGAUCCGCGGCGCAUCUGCACGGGACGCUGGACGCAGCGAUCAGCGGCCUCGAGGCCGUGCUCUGCGCCAUCGAGGCGCGGCUCAAUGUGCUCUGUCGCGCCCUCGACACCAACACGGGCCAGCUCCACGCGCUCUCGGACCGAGCGAUUGCGAUGGCGGCGCAGUUCCAGUGA